AUGCAAUGUGGUUGCCGAACUUUUAUCAUAAACAUAGCAGUUGGAUUUGGACUUGGUAGUCUUGGUAUUUUGGACUCGUGUAUUUUGUUUGUUUCAUAUCAAGUUAAUUAAAACAAAAAGAUUUCAUCAUGAUAAAGCAACUUAUUGUUCUUUGUGGAUGUGUUUUAUUGGCAAGCAGCGACAAACUUCCUAAAUUCAAAUACGUGGAAAUGUAUCCUACAUUUGACCGAUCUUCAUCGGAUAAUUUAGACCUGGAUCUAUCGGAAUCUCAAUUUGGUUAUGGCGGUUUUGGGGGUCGAAAUGGUUUCGGUAGUUUUGGAAACCUAGGCAACUUGGGUAGUUUGGGCAAAGGACUUGGAGGUUCUUUCUAUCGUGGAGGACUCAGCGGUUCGGGGCGAGGUCUGGGAGGAGGAUACAGGGGAUUUGGAAAUUUUGGCUCACUGGGCGGAUUAGGUUUCGGUGGAGGACUUGGUGGUUUGGGAGGACUUGGUGGUUUGGGAGGUCUUGGUGGAUUAGGUGGCGGACGACAUCAUGGAUUAGGACGAUUGUUUUAAAUUUUGUUAAUGCAAUGUUAGCGGUUCGGAGGUAGUAUUAAAAACGUUUAGUACUUUAAUUUGUAUAUAAAAAAGUAUUCAAUAAGUUAGUUUGUAAUAUUAUUUCUUCAAGUUCAGUUUUUCGUUAGAAAAAUUGAACUUGUAUUGAUGAACUUAACAUUUUCAUAAAAAAAACUUGUUUUCAUACAUUGCAUCGAAUGGGUAAAUGUCGAUAUAAAAAGCAAAUUUCUCAUACUUAAUAUGGAAUGUGAUAUAAUUGAUGUGCGUGUCUAUUUAUAAGAAUUAACAAUAAGAUCUGGUGAAAUAUUUGUACUCUUUCGGUCAAGUACACAUGUG